UCACGCUUUUCGUAUUCCCCCCACUCCACCUCCACCCCCAGGAAUGCCGAGCAAACGGAAAGCUUCACCAGCGGAGUCACCGGAAUCUAAACGACAUGCAGUAGUGGAAAAGGUGGAUCGGCCAGAAGGUUUUCCUGUUGAGUGUUGUGACGACGAUGAGUUUGUAGAAGAUGAGGAUAUUGUAUGUGAUAGUUUGAACGAUGAAUCGUCUGAUCAGAAGAAUGUGAGAAGAGUUGUUGUGCAGGCGAAUGAGGAUCAGGAAUGUGUUUUUUCCGGCGAAACUGUUCUGGAUAAUGAAGCUAGGGAGAAAUGGCCUCAUCGAUACAUUAUAAAGGAUAAGGUGAAAGCAAAUGGUGCACCUAUGAGCUUAAAUUGCCAAGAUGAUUCCAACCAAUUAAUCCAGGCCAAGUGCCAUUUUACUCAGGCAUUGGUUGACGAUCAGAUUUAUAAACUCGGGGAUGAUGCGUAUGUAAAGGCUGCAGAUGGUGAAGAUGAUUAUAUAUGCAAGAUUGUUGAAUUUUUUCAAUCUGUUGAUGAUACAAAGUAUUUUACUGCUCAAUGGUUUUACAGAGCCAAGGAUACUGUAAUUAAAGCUCAUGACCAGUUUAUUGACAACAAGCGUGUAUUCUUAUCAGAAAUUAAGGAUGACAACCCUCUUGAUUGCCUUGUAAAGAAAAUCAACGUUGUUCCAGUACCCUCAAAUGUAAGCUUACAGUUCAAGGAAAGUUUGCGAUCAAAAUCUGACUAUUACUAUGACAUGAAGUACCUGGUCCCAUUCUCAUCAUUUAUUAGCUUACCAUCAGAUGUUUCAAAUCCUGAUAGUGAAUCAGAUUCUACCAUAUCAAGUGACAGUGAUGUUGUAGAGGUCAAUGAACACAAGCAGGAAAAUAAGCUCUUGGAUCUCUAUUCCGGUUGUGGUGGAAUGUCCACUGGGCUGUGCCUGGGUGCUGAUGUUUGUGGUGUUAAACUUGUCACUAAAUGGACUGUUGACCUAAAUCGAUAUGCUUGUGAUAGCUUAAAAGUGAACCACCCAGAAACGGAGGUAAGGAAUGAGUCUGCUUCAGAUUUCUUAUUGCUUUUAAAGGAGUGGGAGCAGCUUUGUGCAUCCUGCUCCUUGUUGAAAAGCAAUACCACAGCCCACCCUAUGCUGAAAGUAGGAGAUGUGGAUGAUGACGAGGAAGAUGACGAUGAUGGUGCAAGUGAGGAUGGGGGAUCUGGUGACAACGAAGAAGGUGAAAUUUUUGAGGUGGAAAAGAUUUUAGAAGUUUGUUAUGGAGACCCAAAUGAAAUAAAGAAGCCUGGCCUUUACUUUAAGGUACGUUGGAAGGGUUAUGGACCGGAUGAAGACACUUGGGAGCCGAUAGAAGGCUUAGAUGGUUGCCAGAAAAAAAUAAAGGACUUUGUGACCAAGGGCUUCAAAGCAAGUCUUUUGCCAUUACCUGGGGAAGUAGACGUCAUAUGUGGGGGCCCUCCUUGCCAGGGCAUAAGUGGAUUUAAUCGUUUUAGGAACUCAGCAAAUCCAUUACAAGACCCGAAAAAUAAACAACUUGAAGUAUUCAUGGGCAUUGUGGAGUUCUUGAAACCCAGGUUCGUGUUAAUGGAAAAUGUGGUGGACUUGCUCAGGUUUGCACAUGGUUACCUUGGAAGAUAUGCACUGAGCAGACUUGUUGGAAUGAACUACCAAGCACGGAUGGGAAUGAUGGUUGCUGGGGCAUAUGGACUUCCACAAUUUCGUAUGCGUGUCUUCAUGUGGGGUGCUCUUCCUUCAGAGAAAUUGCCACAAUAUCCAUUGCCCACACAUAACGUUAUUGUGAGGGGUGGCAUUCCCACAGAAUUUGAGUUAAAUGCAGUAGAAUAUGAAGAGGGACAGCAGGUUAAGCUAAAGAGAGAACUUCUUCUUGAGGAUGCACUUUCAGAUCUUCCUCCUGUGGAAAAUAAUGAGCCAAGGGACGAAAUGCCAUAUAAGGAUGAGCCGAAAUUGGACUUCCAGAGUUUCAUAAGAUCAAGGAGGGAUGGUACUUUGGGUACUGUUUUGUAUGAUCAUCGGCCCCUUCAAUUAAAUGAUGAUGACUACCAGCGUGUAUGUCAAAUUCCAAAACGGAAGGGUGCGAACUUCAGGGACUUGCCCGGGGUUCGUGUUCGUGCUGACAAUGUUGUUGAAUGGGAUCCAGAUGUGGAAAGAGUAAAGCUUACUUCGGGAAAGCCUUUGGUCCCUGACUAUGCGAUGACUUUUGUUCGUGGUACUUCACAAAAGCCAUUUGGUCGUUUAUGGUGGGAUGAAAUCGUUUCAACGGUUGUUACAAGAGCAGAGCCCCACAAUCAGGCUGUAUUACAUCCAGUGCAGAACAGAGUGCUCACUAUCCGUGAAAACGCACGGCUGCAAGGUUUCCCUGAUUACUACAAAUUGACUGGACCAAUAAAAGAAAGGUACAUACAAGUUGGAAAUGCAGUGGCAGUACCAGUUGCCCGGGCUUUAGGGUAUUCUUUAGCAUUGGCAUUGAAAGGAUUGUCGGGAGAGCAACCAUUACUGACAUUGCCACCUAAUUUUCCAUGUCUAGAGGAACUGGUCUCCAAUGAAGAGUCUCUAGAUAAACUAUAAUUAUCUGACCAUUAUUCCCAUUUCUAUCAUUCAUUAGUUUACUUUAAGCAGCUGUUGCAAUGCAAGUUCUGCAUUAACAGGUCAAUGUAGAAGUUGGAAGUAGGCAUCGAGUUUUCGUAUCAUUUACUGCUACAUUGGAUUGACAGUUUCAACUGCUUUGGCGUUAAUGAAAAACCAUUGUAUGCUA